CAAACGGGCUCGGCCGGACGGAGAUUGCCCUCAGGCCGGCCGAGAAGAGUACUCAUUUCAUUAACUUACAUAAGAGAUGUAGAUGAGUUUAUAACCAGUACUCUUUUCAUUACAGACCUUGUAAUCCAAUCCCCAUGGCAACUCUAAGCUUCCAUCCCAGCAAAAUCAGGAAUCCCACAGUACAUUCCUUUGACUUCCUAUUCCAACCCUUUCCAUCUUCGGUGAAAAUAAGUCCACUGAAAACCACCUUCAAGAACCUGAAUAUUCUCUCUUCUUCGUCAUCUCAAACUUCCAUCUCCUCUCCUUUGGAAUCUGAAGCCGCUGAUGAAGAUGACCCCACUGCGGAGUUGACCUAUCUUGACCCGGAAGUUGAUCCUCAGACCAUUACCGAAUGGGAAAUGGAUUUCGGCUCAAGACCCAUUCUUGAUAUCAGAGGAAAGAAGUUAUGGGAGCUCGUUGUUUGUGAUAGUUCCCUCUCUUUGCAACAUACAAAGUACUUCCCGAAUAACGUCAUUAACAGUAUUACUCUGAAGGAAGCUAUGGUGUCUCUCUGUGAUGAAUUAGGUGUUCCAUUACCUGAAAAAAUCCGAUUCUUUCGGUCCCAAAUGCAGACUAUUAUCACAAGAGCUUGCAAUGAGCUUAGAGUAACAGCUCUUCCUAGCAAGCGGUGCGUGUCAUUGAUUCUUUGGCUUGAAGAACGCUACGAAACAGUUUAUACUCGACAUCCUGGUUUUAACAAAGGAUCUAAACCACCGAUUGUUCUUGAUAAUCCAUUUCCAGUGGAGCUUCCUGAUAGCUUCUAUGGUGAAAAGUGGGCUUUUGUCCAGUUGCCUUUGUCAGCUGUUCAAGAAGAGGUUUCAUCUCUGCAGACAAGGGAUAUGCUUGGUGCAACAUUAGAUUUGGAUCUUUUGGGGAUUGAAAUUGGAGAAGAGACAUUAAUUCCAGGACUUGCUGUUGCAUCUUCUCGUGCAAAGCCAUUAGCGGCUUGGAUGAAUGGAUUAGAGAUGUGUUCAGUUGAAGUUGAUACUGCUCGGGCUCGCUUGAUUUUAUCUGCUGGGAUUUCAACUCGCUACAUUUACGCAACCUACAAGAAAACAUCAACAACCACAAGUGAAGGUGAAGCCUGGGAAGCUUCAAAGAAGGCCUGUGGAGGUUUACAUUUUCUUGCUAUUCAAGAUGACCUAAACUCAGAUGAUUGUGUAGGAUUUUGGCUCUUACUAGACUUGCCACCUCCUCCUGUAUAGAUAGGUCAUGCCAACUUUUGAGCGAGUACACUUAUGAUGAUGUAAUUAAGAUGUAAGGAACUCUUAAAUUGAUUUGAGCUCAAUUAUAAUUAAAUGAGGGCUUUUUGUGUAAAUCUUAAAAGAAUUGUGAACUUAUAUAUAGACUUCCAAGUUGCAACUGCCCAAUCCAGCUUCCUACAUGAG